UUUAACGCAUGCGUAGUAAUGUUUCGACCACGUGUUUGAGUACAGCUAACGCGCGCGUGAGGGCUCACUCAUUCUCAUGAACGACGUUUUGUCGAAGCUGGGCAGUUACAAGCGGCUUGAGAGAGAUGCUGGCGUGACGGAAUUAUCAGAAAUACUCUCGUCGAACGAAUGGAUAACGGACGAGUCCGUUCGAACUCUCAAAGGCGACAUUUUGUCUCUCAUUGAAGAUUGUGAACGCUGGGAAAGCAGGCAGGGCGGUUUACUGGCAGCCAGUGUUGUGCUGAAGGCUAGUGAUGAGUGGAGCGUGGUUUUUGGUGAUGAAUUCGGUGAACGUCUGAGAAUAAAGGCGUUGGAGUUGUUGAGUGAUGAUGAAUUUAGAGUUCGACUUCAGGCUGGUGAGGUACUGGGUUUGUUGUGUAUCUCAAAUGGCUGCAGUGUUUACGAGAAGAGCCGAGAGGCAAUCUUAGGCAUCAUCAAAGACAAUCUGGAGAGAAAUGUUAAUGAUAGCAUCAAACAGUCAGAUCACACAAGCUAUCUGGCUGAGAAACUAGCGACCACCGAGUCAGUGAUUAGUGAGGAAAAUAGUGGGGCAGGUUAUAUUGAUGCCAGUCAAAUAUUUCAUGACACGGCAGGUUGGAAAGGCCUUGACACAGGCAUGAGAUGCCUUUGCUGUGUUGUCGACGGUUGUGGCGUCGAGUUUGACACGUUUGUUGAUUCCGAUUUCCUCCAACUGAUAUUCUCCACUCUCUCACACACCAACCGCUUUGUCAGAGAAUCGGCCUUCCAGUUAUUAUCAUCGUUGGUACGAGCAAAUCCGAGUGAUGGAAACGCACGACCAUCCAUAGUGAAACAUGGAAAAGAGUUGUCAGUCGCUCUAGGCAGAGGGUUGGCAGACAACUGGAGCCAGGUCCGUCUUGCUGCCUCUGUUGCUACUCGAGAGUUUCUACUUGGUUUAACGGAACGAGAAAGAGCGACAUUCUUUGCCGAGUUGCUGCCGAAAAUGUGUCUCAACAGGUAUUAUGUUGCUGAAGGUGUUCGGCUCUAUUCGCAGGAGAGUUGGAGGUUGUUUACGCAGCAACGAGGGAAGGAGCUUGUGGAGACACACAUUUGUGGAAUGGUUGACUACUACAUCGAACAGACAACGUCCGACAACCACGCAGUUCGGGAGGCAGCGUGUGCAUGCAUUGCAGAGCUUGGAUCGAAAAUUGGUGCGUCGUUUGUGCAGCCGUAUGUGUUGAGGCUGCUGCCGGCUCUUGUGACUUGCUUCAAGGAUGAGAGUUGGCCGGUGAGAGAUGCUGCUUGUAUUGCGUGUGGAAAUUUUGUGAAGUGUUUUGCUGAUGAGUGCAGGCCAUCAAUGCCUGAGCUUUAUCGACUAUUCUUUGGCAAUUUGUCGGAUGGGAUUCCGUCAGUGAGACAAGGAGCCGCAGUUGCACUCGUGAAUGUCAUAGAAACCUACGGUGACACGGAGUUGACGUUUGUUUUGGAAAAGGCGACUGAAGGAAUCACUAAGAUUAAGGAACAGCGAGAUUUGUCAACAAAACACGAAGGUUUGGAGGCACGGCCAGCAGUUUUCGGUGUGGUAAAAGCGACGAGGGAUAACGAUAUUGAAUUGCAUUCUAAUCAACAGAUGUAUUCAUGUGGCUCGUUGGCUCCAAAGCUGAAACGUGGAGGUGGUUGUAUGCAUUCGGAUUAUAGGAAGCCGACUGAGCCAUGGGAAGUAGCCGAUGGUUUUAUCAACUUGUUGGGUGAGCUCUCUCGUUUACCAUCAGCAUCUCAACGAGUCUCUGAUCUUCUCCCAUUAGUCGCCGAGACAACAAACGCCCACCACUACACACACUGCCACUCAUACCUAGAAACAGUCUGGAAACAGUUGCCUCGGGUUGCUAAGGGCUGUGGAAAACGGGUGUUCAAACGUCACCUCGAACUUUUCUUUCCAUCACUUUUCUAUAGUCUUGAUUGUGGAGUUUUGUUGACAUCGGCUGCGGCGGGUGAUUGUUUGUGUGCGUUGAGGGAUUAUGUUGGUGAGGUGAUUUUAAAGGGAAGAGUUGAACAGUUUGAUUCAAGAAUGGUGUCCAAGCUCAACAGUGUGCUAACUCAUUAGCUGUUUGCAAGUUCAGUGUUGUACAUGUACAUAGAGAGAGAGAAAGCAUUACUACACCUUGAAGUACUACUACCUAUAAACUCCAGUGUGGAGCACACGUAGCU